AUGAUUACAGGCUCGGAAGGCGCUAACCCACGACCCGUGGUGAACGGGUUGAGCACACGGUUCAACUGCGACUGGGACGCCAGCCCGAGCGCCACCGUCGAAUGGUCCAAAGAUGGCGAGCAGAUACUGGUCGUCGGAAGCGGAUCACGGGCACGCAAUGUGACGACACUAGACAGCCAGGUGAUUCGAGUGGAAUAUCUACUCUUUUCUGAUGCUUGUUUCGAGGCCUACUCUAAGUAG